UUAGUAAAAGAAAACAUGUCUAAGCAGGCACUAACGACAAGUGUAGCUGACGCAAGUAAUAAUAAGAGUUAUUACAUAGACAUUAAGGUCAAUGGUAAGCCGACGCGAGCUUACAUUGACUCAGGAGCUGAACCGGUCCUGGUCAAGCAAAGUGUUGCUAGAGAAUUGGGACUGAUGUGGCAGCCAAGUUUACAUUUGAUUCGUGGUUAUGGCCAGGGAAUCACCAAAGUGCAUGGGGAAGUCGAAGUAGAGCUAGAAGUGGAUCUUGUCAAGGCAAACGUAAAAGCUUUGAUCGUCGAAGACAGUGCACAACGUGUGCCUGUCAUAGUGGGACAGAUCUUCCUGAAUGCGGGUGCUAAUACGAUUAUAGCAAAUGAGGAAGCUGUGAGAGUAGUUGACGGAAACAACGAAUCGAUCCAAGCAUUUCUAGGCCAACUUCCGACACGAAAAGUUGCACUUUGGGCGGAAGAGGAAACAGUGAUCCCUCCUCAAUCCAUUGGUUGCAUACGAAUCAAGGCAAACGACGAUGGGUGGAAAGGAGCUUAUUACGUUGAAGGGUGUCAACGUCCGAGACCAGGGUUCGAACACGUUGUUCAUCGGUGUGUCACAUGUGAUGGAGGCCUAGUGACCGUUCGCAAUCUAUCGCACCAAGAUCUGGUCUAUCGAAAGGCGCAAAUCGUUGCGAGAGCUGAGCCUUGCGAGCAGGAAAGGACAGCUACGACGGUGAGUGUGUUUUCUAUGGGGAAGGUUGAGGUAAAGAGUUUUCAACGGUGGGAACUUCUUACACAAGUCAAUAAGAAUCUAGACCCGGCUCAGUUCGAGCAAUUGUUACAACUCGUUAACGAAUUUCGAGAUUGUUUUGCACGAAAUGUAGCGGAAAUAGGUGCCACAACUGCGGCAGAAAUGAAGCUAACUUUGACUGAUGAUAAACCUGUAAUUUAUCGUCCUUAUCGGUUAUCGCAUCACGAAAGAAGAAUUGUUCGAGAUAUAGUAAAUGACUUGUUAGGUAGCGGAGUCAUACGAGAAUCAGACUCGCCAUAUUCGAGUCCCAUACUGUUGGUGCGGAAGAAAGAUGGGCAACACCGUGUGUGUGUUGACUAUCGGCAAUUAAAUUCGAAAACAAUCAAAGAUCGCUUUCCGUUACCACAAGUAGUUGAACAUUUGGAUAAACUAAACGGUGCAAAGUUUUUCACCACACUAGAUCUCGCUAGUGGGUACUAUCAGAUCCCAAUGGCCACCGAAUCGAUUCCAAAGACAGCAUUUGUUACGCCUGAUGGGCAUUACGAGUUUGUCCGCAUGCCUUUUGGUCUAGCCAACGCUCCGGCAGUGUUUCAGCGAGCUAUGAAUAAGGUGUUGGGUCCAUUACGGUUUCAGACCGCUUUUUGUUACAUAGAUGAUCUUCUGAUACCUUCCAAAGACUUUGAAACAGGUCUUAACAAUUUACGAACGGUGUUUCAAUUGCUUCGACAGUUCGGAUUGACUCUAAAGCUGAGUAAAUGUUGCUUCUUUGGAAGUCAAAUAGAGUAUUUAGGGCAUGAGAUCAGUGCGGAAGGCAUUAAGCCAGGCGAGACAAAAAUCAAAGCGGUGACAGCUUUUCCCAAACCAACAGACGUACACAAACUUAGGCAAUUCUUAGGUUUGUGUGGGUACUUUCGAAAGUACGUGAAAGAUUACGCAACAAUAGCAAACAGUUUGACGAGUCUCCUAAAGAAAGGCAGUGCAUUUGUUUGGGAAGAAGCACAAGAGCGGGCUUUUCAGACUUUAAAAGACAUCUUGACGAGCAGACCAGUUCUUGCAAUUUACGACGCGGAAGCUGAAACGGAGUUACACACUGACGCUUCUAAAGUUGGAAUUGGUGGCAUUCUGUUGCAACGACAAGGUGAUGGAUCUUUGCGUCCAGUUAUGUUUUUCAGCCGACAGACGACCAAAGAGGAACAAAGGUACCACUCGUACGAGCUAGAAACGCUAGCGGUGACUGUAAUGCUUUACGAACAACCCUUACCAAGAGAGAUUUGAUUCCACGAAUUGGGAGAUGGUGGUUGUUGACUUCUGAGUUCGACUUUACUGUAGAAUACAGACCUGGCAGUAAAAUGAGUCACGUUGACGCUUUGAGUAGAAAUCCGGUAUUAGAUCCUUCGGAGCCUUCAGUGGAAGU